UGCACUGUUUUUUUUUUUUGUUUAUAGGGUGUCUUCUUGUCGUGUACCUUUGUGUGUGACACAUUUGUUUUUUUUUGUCUUUUUCUCACUGGUCAAUUUAUUGAACUCAAGCAAGUUGACUCUCAUUUUCUAUUUACGGCAAUACAAUCCAGUUUUCACAGUUUCUCACUAAUGCAAGAGAGUUCCCCUCAAAAAUGUACAAACCUAAAAAAAUGAAAGUUAUACUGUCGCAUUCAAAAAACAAAGCGAAACACGUACGCCUACAAACAACUGAAUGCAUUUUAUUUGAUAAGUUGAAGAUAUUCUUUUAUUUUAUUGUUAUAGUUUCUUCUGUUGUAUCUUCGUGAUGAUUAAGUGAGUCGUGAUGUGAUUGUAUAAGAAAGUUAUAAAAUGGUUCAUUAGUAGAACAUGAAUUCCCCUCAUUUGGAUUGAGUGUGUGUGUGACCCACUUUCACAAUGUAUGUAUCCAGAGUCCUUUACCGCAUAUCGACUGCUUGCUUAAUUAUCGUUUAACAUUCAACAUCCACAAGCUGUGCAAGUUCAUUAACAUGUAACCGCAGGCACACGCAAAUCACACUCGCAUCUUCACCACACACCCGACCGCCCACACCACACACAUUUUCACCACAAGUCGCUCACUCAAACAAAGUGUAACCCACAAUUAGCGCGCCUCAAAUUUCACGCAAUUAAAAUAUAUAAUAAUAAAAACAAUGCCUUGCUACAAUUAGUUUGGUUUUAUGUCAAGUUCAAUGCACGCAGACAUACAUACGCCCACGCUCUAAAGCUCUACCCACAACAACAAAAAUACUAUGCGAAAUACUAUUAAAUAAUAAACAAAAUCAGACAACAACAGCAAGAUAGAUAGAGAGAGCAGGCGUAGACUUUCUCUCCCAGUUGUAAGGCGCAAAAGCAAAACGCAAAUGCAAAAGCAAAACACAAAAGCAAAAGCUCUUCAUGACCUUUUCACCAAAGGCAACUUCACCACAGCAGAGCAGCAGCACAUCAGCUGUGCCUGUCGCUCCACCAGCAGAUUAAAUGCUUGUUUGGAGUUUGAGAGUCACCACGAUCUUGGCUCGCUCUCCCGUUUCGGCUCUCCGUGUACGUGUGUGUGUGUGUGUGUGAGCUGUGUUUGUUGUUGUCGCUAGUGGCUUUUACCUUCGCCACUCUCGCUCAGAGGCGACGACGACGGCGCUCUGAGCAUUUGCCGCUGUGUGCUGCCUGCGUCGUAGGCUUUGCGCCGUUUGUCAGUCGCUGCACUGUGUUAGUUACAAUUUGUAUUUCACUUGGUGCGCGCCUUUCUCACCGCGCUCUAUCUGUUCACCAACCACCACCAGCCCCCUCUCCACCCGAUGCAAUUGUAUUGAGAGGCGGCAAGCAAAAUGUUGAGAUCCACAAAAAACAAUUGACAUUUAUAUUAAAUGAAAGGCAAAGAGCAAAAAAGUAAACAGUAAUACAAAAAAAACAAAAAAACCACAGCAACAACAAAUAUUAAAAUAAACAACAAAAACAAUGUAACUACGCUGAGUUGAGUUCAGUUGAAAUCAACAACAGCAACAACAAAAGAGAGUGAAAAAUUAGUUCAUUGUGCAAAUUAACACAAUUGUGACAACAACAACUACAACUACAGUAUGCGGCAUUUAAUCAUGACCCCAACAUCGCUGUCGAUGUCAACGCCAACGCUCUCGUCGCUGCAUCAUCAGCGCAUGUCUCAGUCACAGUCGCAACUGCAGUUGACGCUGCAGUCGCAGUCACAGUCACCGUCACCUUUAACGCCUCAUUCGGCAUCGCCAUCAUCAUUUUUUGGCGUCUCCAGCUCACCGAAAUUCCCAGCGAACUACGAACGCAGCGAAAAAAUUAAACUCAAAAGAGUCUUGGGUCUGACUGUUUGCAGCAAUGCGGCACUUGAUGUGUCGCCCAUCAGCGGACUGUUGGCUUAUCCAGCGGGCUGCACUGUGGUCCUGUUCAAUGCCAAACGUCAUACUCAGGCCUAUUUGGUCAAUACCUCCCGCAAAGCAUUCACAUCGGUUGCCUUCUCCCGCUGCGGCCGUUACGUUGCCACAGGGGAAUGUGGCAUCAAUCCUGCCAUCAAAGUUUGGGAAUUGGAGACGCCAAAUGGCAAUCUGGAGCAAUGCAGCGGCGGCAACGUCAUUGCCGAGUUUGUGGAUCACAAAUAUGCCGUCACCUGUGUGGCGUUCUCACCGACGGGAAAGUACCUGGUAUCAGUUGGCUCUCAACACGACAUGAUUGUCAAUGUGUUCGACUGGAAGGCGAAUCUGAAAAUGGCCUCCAACAAGAUUAGCUCCAAGGUGGCUGCCUUGUGUUUUGGCGAGGAUGGCAGCUACUUUGUCACCGUGGGCAAUCGCCAUGUCAAAUACUGGUACUUGGAAGGAGGACGAAAGUACAAAGAUCCCAUUCCUCUCAUGGGUCGCAGCGCCAUUCUCGGUGAUUCGGACAACGAUUUUUGCGCCGUUGCCUGCGGCAAAGGAAUCUGCUCGGAGAGCACAUAUGCCAUCACCCGACAGGGUCAUCUGGUUGAGUUCAGCUCGAGGCGUUUGCUCGACAAGUGGGUGCAAUGUCGCACCAGCAACGCCAACUGCAUUUGUGUCAACGAACGCUUCAUUCUCGUCGGUUGUGCAGAGUCCAUCAUACGCAUCUUCAAUGCAGCCACCUUGGAAUACGUGACGACGCUGCCGAGAACCCAUUAUCUGGGCGUGGAUGUCUCCCAGGGUAUUCAGAUUAAUCACAUUAUGUCGGUGCCACAACAGGCCAAGUUUCCAGACUGCAUUGCCAUGGUCUUUGACGAGCAGCGCUCCAAGGUGAGCUGCGUCUACAACGAUCACUCGCUGUACAUUUGGGAUCUUCGCGAUAUUUCGCGAGUGGGAAAAUCGCAUUCAUUCCUUUAUCACUCCACGUGCAUUUGGGGCGUGGAGACAGUGCCAUAUAAUCUGGAGCGUGAGCCUUCCCAGACGCUGCCGGAGGAUUGUUUUGUCACGUGCUCCUCGGAUGACACGAUACGUGUGUGGGGAUUGGAAAGUUGUGCCAACAAUGAGAUAUAUCGCAAGAAUAUCUACUCCAAGGAGUUGCUGAAGAUUAUCUACAGCGAUGAGGACUUGCACUAUAUCAAGGAUCAGGGCUCCUCGCUCUUCGACAAGGCUGGAAACUCCAGCUACGAUGGACGCAAUGGUGUGCGUUGCAUCAAGAUCAGUCCAGAGCUACAGCAUUUGGCCAGUGGCGAUCGUUGUGGCAACAUACGUGUCUACAGUCUACAGAAUCUCAAGCUUCUCACAACCAUCGAGGCGCAUGAAUCGGAGGUCUUGUGCUUGGAGUACUCCAAUGAUAAGAUUGAGCGCAAACUCUUGGCCAGCGCCAGUCGCGAUCGCCUCAUUCAUGUCUUUGAUGUCUCACAGAAUUAUCUACUGUUGCAGACCUUGGACGAUCACAGCUCCUCGAUCACAUCGAUCAAGUUCGUCGGUGCCGGACUCAACUUCCAGAUGAUCAGCUGUGGGGCAGACAAAUCUAUAAUGUUUAGAAGCUUUCAGGGCAACAUCUUUAUGCGUGGCACAAAUACCUCGGGGAAGACCACGCUCUAUGACAUGGAAGUGGACUCCAAUGCGAAACACAUUCUCACCGCCUGCCAGGAUCGUAAUGUACGAGUUUACGGCACACAGAAUGCAAAGCAGACAAAGACCUUCAAGGGUUCCCACUCGGAUGAUGGCAGUCUGAUCAAGUUGAGUCUCGAUCCGAGUGGCAUUUAUGUGGCCACCUCCUGCACGGACAAGACACUCGCCGUCUACGAUUAUUACUCCAGCGAGUGCAUGGCCAGGAUGUAUGGACACAGUGAGCUCGUAACGGGAUUAAAGUUCACAAAUGAUUGUCGGCAUUUGAUUUCGGCCAGUGGGGAUGGCUGCAUCUUCAUCUGGCAGGUGCCGCACGACAUGAUUGUCACCAUGCAGGCGAGGAUGUCCCAGCAGCGUCUACGCUCUGGACAUGCUCCGCUGCAGCGUCCCUUGGCGCCCAUUUCACCCCCCGAUGCCAUUGUGCUGGAGUCCCCCACUGGCGAGUUGGAACAUCAGCAGCUGGCACCCAAAUUUGUGGUUCCUCCGGAGCCAUUGCCAAGUCGGAAUGCCUAUCAGCUGUCGGAUGUUGGCCAACUGCCGCAGUGGGCCAUGCGGAAGGCAGCUGCGGAUUCCGACAGCGGUGCCUUGUCCAUUCCCACGCCUGUCAUUAGCGGGGGAGGAGGUGGGGGAGCUGCCGCUUUGCAUGCUGCCUCCUCCAUGGGCAACCUCAGCUCCUCGCCCAGUCAACAGGUGGGCGUGGCAGCGCCCAGAGCUCGCGGUCGUUGGGCCCAACGCAGCAGUCAACUGGACACGGAGGAUCAACGCUCCAAUUCCGAGAGUCCCCUCGGCACAGUCUCCUCUGUGGGGGGACACAGUGUCCAUAAUGUGCAGACCUCCGAUUACAAUAGCGCCUCAUCCAAGGACAUCAUGUACAAUCAAACUUAUCUAAGCGAAGACUCCUCCAUAGACUCUGGCAUGGAGACACGCCGUGAGCUCAAGUUCAUUGGCAGCCACAACAAUGGCACCAUCUCCUCCAACGUCACAGUUGUCGCCUCCAGCAAUGGUGCUUUGGGUCCAGGGGUUGUCCAGCAGCGUCUGAUGCCGGAUAAACGCAAGCCGGGAAUGCGAUUCGAUACGCAUAGUCACGAUCACGAUGGCGACAUCGAGGACAUCUCGGACGGGGAGCGCACAAGCUCCGAUCACGGCAUGUUCUACAACAAUCUUGCGCCCAGCACGCCUACAGACUUUAAGGUGACCGCCAUGAACGAGGAGGAGCUGCGGAAAUCGGUGCGACGACAGAAAUUCGAAAAGUCAGGACUACAAUUGACCACGCCCAGUGGCAAUGGCAGCUCCCACACGGCCAGCACGGGCACAGGGACAGGCACCUCGGAUACGGAGGACGAGGGAUCGACGCCAAGUGCUGAGAACGCGGAGAGAUCGUUGGCCUCCACGCUGGGCGGAAGUACGGAGAAUUUACCACAGAGUAGCAACAGUUUCUUGCAUGCUGCAUUGCCAGAAGGACCCGGAGGAUUAUUGUUGGAACGCGGCACAAGCAGUCGUCGCAGCAUCAGCGCCAAGCACAACACUGAGAAUGGCAAGGGAGGCGUCUCUGCCGCGCCCACCAUCACCAAGUCAUACACGAGCACCAAGAAGGAGGAGCUGCUGCAGGUCAUCAACAAGGUCAAACAGCAGCUGGAGAAUGGCACGCGCAAAAGUGGUAUUAAAAAGUUGAAUGCCAUAGUCGAGGUUGGCCAUAGACCCUUACGAGGCAGCCAUAGUAUCUCGGAUCUGAGUCUGGCGGGAAACUUGGAUGGCUCUCGUAGUGCUGGACCAUCGUGCUAUACAAAGCCAGUUGCUUCCCACGAACCUUCACAGUAUAUUAGAACAAAUCCAACUCAGCCACCACAGCUGCCACCAAAUCCGCCACAGGAGGUGGUGCCACAGUUUUUUAAUUGUGCUGCACCCAAAUCGAAGUUGCAACAGAAUUUCCAAACCAUGCGGCAGGUGCAACAGCAUUAUCCACCUUAUCCGCAUCACGUGGGUGUGCAUCAGAUUCAUCCGCCUCCAGGCGUGCCCUUUGGCCUGACCUCCAACUCCUAUGCAUCUUCAGGAUGUCGAUCACAGACAGCACAGACGGCACCUCGUUUGGGCGCUGCCAAGAGGAAUCCCGCUGGGAAUAAUCGACGCACGCCAAGCAUAUUAAAGCACUACAAGUCCUGUCCGGUUUCGCCCGUGCACGAGGAGGUGGAGUGGUCGGCGGAGACGGAUCGUGCGCUGCCCGUCGAGCCAAAACGUCACUCGGUCUAUGCAGAUGAUGCACGCACCAUUCUGGACAUGAUUCAUGCCGACACCGAGAAGAUGAUCGAUGAGAUAACACGCAAAUAUGGAGAUCUGGAUGAACCAAACGCAACACUGCCCGUUUCCUGCUCCAUGCCGGCGAAUCUUCGAGCACUCGGCUCCACGGGAGACUCGACUCCAACAGCAACUCCUCCACGCGGUGGUCGCACUCAGUAUUAUGUUUAUCGGGAGAUUUAUCAAUGCGAGCGAAAAGUGUCCUUGUCGGACAUUCUGAAGCCGGAGCUGUUUGCGGCAUCACAGCAGCGCUUGGAGGAGGCGAGAUUCCUGGAGACGCAGCGUCAUUCCAGCGCCAGUUUCUUCCUGAGCAGCUCCGGGCAGCUGCCGCAUGAGCACAGCCAGGAGUCGCUGCUCUCCGACGGCGGCAGCUAUUGCAACAGUUUGGAGAGCGUGCUCUCCGAUGAGAGCGACUGCAAGAGUGCUCCCUUGGAUCCGCCGCUGGAGCAACAGCGUCCAGUUCAUGCGAUGCAGUGUCAUGCGGGCAUCAGGAACUUUAUACUCCAUGGCCCUGUGUCCAAGUCCUAUGGGAGUAGUCCCAAUGCCUAUGGCAGCUUUGAUUACUAUAUGCGUCAACAGGCGGCUACCUACGAUAGCUUCGAUGUCACCGGCUACAAUUUGAAGCCCUUGAAGCCGCUGCCCAACUCCAAGACGUAUCCACGUCUGGCUCAAGUACCCGCUGCAGGAGUGGAGCACAUUCCCACCAUGAGAUCCAAGAAUAAACAAUACAAUUCGGGUGUGAAUAAAAGUCUCAGCACGGAUUUCGCUCAGCAGCGACAGCAGCGCAAUACAAAUCCCUUGUCACAGCCCCAAUCCCAUUCCCAAUACCAAUCCCAUUCCCAAUCCCUUCCUCGCUCCAAUGGUGAAUCGAUGUUUGUUAGAAAGCAGCUUAAACCCAAGCCUCCCAUUCCCGCCAAGCCUCAGAAUCUGGUGUCCACGUUAACCUGCAGCGUGGAGAAGAGACCAGAGAAGAAAUCCGCCUCCAUCUGCAGCUCGAGAACCGCCAGCGUUGUGCGUCAAUUUGAGCAUAAUCUGCUCAAGUUCGAGCGGGAAAAGCAGCGGGCACAACAACGUCCAGUGCCGGCGAUGAGGAGUUCGGUGAGCAGCGGCGCCUUGGCCACCCAGAGUUGCCUCAAAAAAGUGUCCCGCUUCGACACGAGUGAGAGCAGUCGUCGAGCAACGAGUGUCAGGCAGAAAACCCGGCCCAAGAUCAGUGUGAGAUUCAAUACAGUCUCACAGAUUAAGUAUACGCCUAGUGCGAAACGGCAGCGCAACAAUGAAACGGAAAUGGAGUUGGAAACGGAAACGGAAGCGGAUACGGAAAUGGAGCCAUUGGUGGGCAGUCUGCCCAGUGAUUAUGGCGGUGAGCGCAGCUUUGAGAUGUACUUUGCGGAGAAUGGCAAUGCACCGGAGAAUCUGGAGCACAUGCAGAGUCUGAAGCUCUACACGAAGCCACAACUCCAAGCUGUGGUCGACGAGAUUCAACAGGAGCGGGCAAAGCAUAAAAAGAAUAAAGAUAAUGUGGAGAGAUCAACGGGAGGCAACAAUUCGACAAGUCAUCAGUGUCAGAAUAUUGCCAAGAAGAUUGACAUCAUUGAGAAGCUGAUUGCAAUGGAGCAGCGUAAAAUGGAACAGAUUCGCUUGGCCACUGAGACGCGAUUGCGUCCAUUUACCUGCAACUCGAAGCAGAAGGGAUAUGUGAAGAGUCUGACGAUGAACUUUGACAUGUUGGCCCGAGCACAAGAUCAGCUGGAGGAGGAGCAAUUGCCUGGAAAUGCGAACACGAAUCCGAGUUCGAACACGAAUGCCGAUGCCGAUCUCUGUGCCUAUGCGAGAAACAUUCGCAGGAAUUGCAGUUUGCCGGAUGUUUUGGAAAGCACCGAUUUUGGAUAUGACAACGAUGUGGAGCUGGCAAGGGAAGUGAUUGCCGAUGAUGAUGAUGAUGAUGACAGAAAAGAUAGAGAUGACGCUGAGGAUAACAUCAAGGGAUGCAAGGAUCCAGGUAAUCCCAAAAUGCUCAAUCCCAUGCCCAUUGAGGAGUCCUCAUCAUCGAUUCGACGUGCUUGCUCCUUGAGUGAUCUGCACAUGGGCAACUUUGGCAAGCCUAGCAAAUCGAAUGGCAACUCACAGAAAACAACGACGCCACAUCGCAAUGGCAACGUGACGCGUUCAACAAGCAAACGCAACAGUCUCCAGGGUAAAUCCGGACUGGGAGCCUCCAGCAACUCCAUGAAUGUGCUCAAUCAGGUGAGCGACUCGGAGCCAGAGGACAGCAAUCGAUUGCGCAGCGCUUCCAACGGGCAGAAUCGUAAUAAUGGGCCAAUUGCAGCCAAUCGGCAGUACGGCAACAAGGUCAACAACACCAACAGCAAUCGACGCAAGAUGCCCAACUUUAGCAGUGGCACAAAUCUACAAGAUGACUCCAGCUCCGAGGAGACACCCAACAAUGUGGCCAGCAAUAAGCCGGUGGUGCCACCGAGACCACGAAAUCUCGGCUUCGAUCAUAAGACUAAAAUGAUUGUUAAUAGCCCGGGCAAUGCGGCCAAACCGCGAGUGGGCGGAGGGGAGGAAUACGAGGGCGAAGAUCCUGAGGCACUCGUACACAAUGUGAUCAACAAGCUUUAUACGACAACCCAAGCGGCCAUGAAGCUGCAUGCGAAUCUAAAGAACUCGCUGCUGCUGAAGGAGCUGGAAAAUGCGGUGAUCAUGUCACACAAUAUGCUCGGCAAUAUAACACACAAUCGACAAAACGAGAGAUUGCUCUCGAAUCCAAGCAACAAUCAUGUUGGUGGCGGAGGAGGAGAGAUUGGAGUUGGAAUCAAUCAUGAGCAGGAUAAUGGCGACUAUCUGAUGAUGGUCAAUAACUGUGCCGAUCUAUUGAGUAAUUUACGCACCAAGAACAAACCCGAUGACUGUGAGAAUAACUCCUAGUGUGUAGCGCAUAGUUUAGGUUAACUAACAAACAACAAAAACUAACAGCAAAUGUGGCAACAAAAUGGGCUAAGAAACAAACUAAUAUUUAUUAAACAUAAAAUCAAUCAACUAACAGGCACACAGACAUCAGGCACCAACUAAUUUGCAAUUAUAUUAUUAUUAUACAUUAAUGGCUAUUGUAAAGUUUAUCAUUAUUCACAUUGUAUUGUUUAAGUGAAAGUCUUGUAGUUCUUAAGUUUCUUAUGUGUAUGUGUGUACGCGUGCAUUUUCUGUUUUUGGCCUUAAUUUAUAGUUAAAUCACUUCUGUAUAGCCUGAAUUCAAUUCGUAGAGUGUCAAGUUGUAUAAGUAACAAUUAUUAUUUGUAUUUGUUAAGUGUUAUUUGAGUUUAAGUUGUGUGAGGAAUCAAAAGAAUAGAAAGUUGAACAUGACAGAAUCGUUAUGGCAAAUUCGAUAUAUAUAUUUUCUACACUGUAUGUUUUAUUAUUAUUAUUUUUUUUUUUUGCCAAUUAAACAGUAGGCCAAAUGCAAAAAAAAUGUUUAACAAAUUUAGUGUCAAAAUUCUGUAUUCCAAUUUUUGAAUAUCCCCAACUAUACAUAUAUAUUUAUAUCUGUAAACCUAUGUAUGGCGCUUAUUUACUCAAUACACAUACAUACACAUGAUACCCAUUGGAAAAGUGCUUAAAAAUGAGACAUUUGCAUAUGUAUUUGAUUACUCCUGAAGCAAAAUACGAUUUCCAUUAUUAUACAAUUUGAAUAGCACUACGAGUUUGCUCUGUAAUUUAGUAGUUAAUUAUUUGAUUGUAUUUACAACAAUUAUACCUAUAACAUUUCUAAAACUAUAACCUAUUUAAAAUGUAUUAAACUUUAAAUAUAUAUGCUCUUAUAAUUUACAACUAAAUCAAAUGUAUUAAAUUUAACUUAACCACAAAAAAAAAGUGAAAAGAAAGAAAGAAAAACAUAAUUUAAGUGCAGUUAUGCUGCUUACCCUCAAACUAAAAUCUAAAAUCAUCUAAUUUAAUCGAAAUAAUAAUACAAAAACCAUAAUUUUUGAAAAUAUUUAAAUCGCUUCGUCUUAUUUUCUAUUUUAUUCUACUAAUUGCACAAAAUCUCCGACAACUUGUUGUUAAAUUGAAACAUGUGAUUUAACUGUCAAGUUGAUUGGGGGCAUUAACAACAGCCUCGGCCAAUGAUUAUACUUAUAUACACAUAUAUGUAUGUAUUUGUACAUAUCAUGUAUAGUAUAUAAUCUAUGAUGGGUAGCGGCAACUACCAAAUAAUAUCUAUCUAAUUAGUUUUUACCUGAUAUACACACUAAAAUCAUGAAUGAGAAAAAUGCAAUUUAUUAAUUAUUGUGAGAAAUUUUUGAAAUAAUAAAUAAUAAUAUUAUGUUUA